AUGGGCGAUCAAGGUCAGCCACCCACGGCGAGUGUAGGCGGUACGUCAGGGAGCCAGACCGAACAUGGUACCGCAAACGAAAGCCAUAUCGGCGACACGUAUGAAGUGCCAAAGUUCGAAGAACACUCGUCGUUCACCGCUCUGAAGGAUCGCAUACGGCACCACUACGAGCUGGCCAGCGACUACUAUUAUUCUCUCUGGGGCCAACAUAUCCACCACGCAUACUUCCAAUCGGCGGACGACACGAAGGAGACUGGGCAGGUCAAUUUGAUCAAGCUCCUCCUUUCGAUCUCUGAACUACAGGAAAACAGCACUGUACUUGACGUCGGCUGUGGCAUCGGCGGCACGACGCGUCACCUCGCACGAGAGCUGGGAUGCACCGUCACCGGCAUCACCAUCAGCGGACGGCAAGUCGCGAUCGCGAACCGCCUUACAAACGAAGAGGCCAGCAGCAAUGGAACCACGAGUACGAGCACCACCGCGGACUCUUCAACUCCCGAAACGACAAGCGACACUCCAGCCUUCCACGCCCUAGGCACGAAAAGCGGCAAGGUACGGUUCCUCGAGCUCGACGCCGAGAAGAUGGAAUCUCGCUUCAAUCCAGCCUCGUUCGACGCCGUGUGGAUCUCCGAAGCGCUCAGUCAUUUUCCUGACAAGCCUCUGUUCUUCCGGAAUGCUGCGAGAGUGCUCAAAACUGGCGGUGGCAAGCUGGUUAUCGCGGAUUGGUUCAAGGCGGACGGUGCCGUCCUGAAGGAUCUUGAGGGUGGGGAACGGGAUAUCAAGUCGAUUGAAGAUGGCAUGCUCCUCCCACCGCUGAAAACCCAAGAUGAGUACGUUCAGCUUGCAGAAGCAGCGGGCCUCAAAGUCCUGCAUCCGCCGAAAGAUAUCAGCAAAGACGUUGCGAAGACCUGGUACGUCAAUGACUCGAAAGCUUCUUCUCCCGCCAUCAAUAGUGUCCUCAUUACGGAUAUCUCGUGGCAGUUAAUUUCGUCUCCGUCGCUCUGGGCGUUCGCAAUCAGCCAGGGCCGCGAUGGACUCGCUUUCCUGCAGGCGUUCCGUGCCAUGCGGAGUGGGUAUGCGAGUGGUGCGUUUAGAUAUGCUGUCAUGGCAUUUGAGAAAGCGUGA